AUGAAAAUUUUGAUUUGUAUUUGUUUUUUUCUUUUCCAUUUAAUAAAUCUUUCGAAAUCAACUACUCCGAAUAUCUUAAUUUUUCUUGUUGAUGAUUUGGGUUAUGGAGAUUUAGGAUGUUAUGGAAAUUCAACGAUUGAUUCUCCGAAUAUCGAUUCUUUAGCACGUGAUGGUGCACGAUAUACACAAAUGUAUUCGGCAGCUCCAAUAUGUACACCUUCUCGUGCUGGAUUUCUUACUGGAAGAUAUCCUGUUCGUUUAGGAUUAACAUCGAAUGAUAAUCGAUUUCGUACAUUUAAUUCUCCAGGUCAACCUGGUGGUUUACCACAUGAUGAAACAACAAUGGCAGAAAUUGCACAGAAGUUAGGCUAUCGAACUGGUUUAGUUGGAAAAUGGCAUUUAGGUUUAGGACGUAAUGGUGAACAUUUACCAACUCGUCAUGGUUUUGAUACAUUUUUUGGUAUGCCUGUCACCAAUGUACAAACAUGUGGAAAUAAGAAAAUAUAUAAUUUAAUUGGUGGACAUGGUGAAGUCCUUGAUCGUUCAUUUCUUUCAUAUUGGAUUACUUUAACGGGCAAAGUUUGGUUAACAUUUAUUGGUAUUGCAUUUGCAACAUGGUACUUUUAUUCACGUAAAUUAGCUUUCAUUAUAUUGUUUGCAGGCGCUAUUGGAUUUUUUGGUGGUAUGUGGUAUACACUUUCUUUUACACUUCUUAGUCGUUCAUCAUGUUUAUUAUAUCGAAAUGAAACAAUUAUUGAACAACCAGUUCAUCUAGAGAAUUUAACACUUCGUAAUACGAAUGAAGCAAUAGAAUUUAUGAAAGAUACUGUUACUAUUCAUAAGAAACCAUUUUUUCUCUAUAUGGCUUAUAUUAAAGUGCAUACUGCUCUAUUUACUCUUCCAGAAAAUGUUGGACGUAGUCGUCAUGGUGCUUAUGGUGAUAAUAUUGAAGAGCUUGAUUGGAGUGUUGGACAAAUUCUUCAGACUUUAAAAGGUCUUGAUAUUGAAAAUGAUACUUUAGUUUUAUUUUCUUCGGAUAAUGGUCCUUUUCUUGAGCGUGGAAUUGAAGCUGGUUUUUGUGGUCGUGCUCGAACAAUAGAUGGUAAACUUAGUGAACCAUUACGAGGUGCAAAAGGACAAACAUGGGAAUGUGGUAUUCGUGUUCCUGGUAUGCUCCGUUGGCCAGAACAUAUCAUUUCUGGUCAGAUAAUUGAAAGUGUCUCAUCACUAUUAGAUUUCUAUCCAACACUUUUGAAACUAUGGAAUGUUUCAUCAUUCAUAGAUCGUCCUCUUGAUGGUGUAAGUUUGUGGUCACAAUUAAAACUGAACAAUGAAACAUUGCUUUCUUCAUCUUCGCUCAGUAUAGAAAAAGAACGUGAUACACUAUUUCAUUAUUGUGGUUCAACUGUAACAGCCGUACGUCAAGGUAAAUACAAGGCACAUUAUUGGACUCCAAAAUGGGAUGAAGGUCUGCAUGCAUGUCCUAGUGUCACUAUCUGUCCUUGCCUUAGUAACCAACAUUCACCACCAUUAUUAUUUGAUAUUGAAGCCGAUCCUUCAGAAGAAUUACCAUUAGAUACUCAAAAAUAUUCAAAAAUAUUGUCUCUGAUGGAUGUAGCAGUAGAAGAACAUAAAGCAACACUUAUUCCUGUACCAAAUCAACUUGAAAAACUCGCACUACCAUGGUUAUUUCCUUGUUGUAAAACACAAGGAUGGACUCGUGUAUUUCGUUUAAUAACUAAUUCUUGUCAAUGUUAA